AUGGUCGUCGUGGUGGCCACGGCUCUCCUGUUGAUCACCUACUCCCGCCUCAUUUCCCGCUACCUCCUCCUCUUCCUCCGCCGCUACCGCCGCAGGCGCGGCCGCCGACGGAGAUCCUACCUCCCGAAUUCCCCGCCGUCCACCAACGGGGCCGGCGAUUACCUCGACUCGCCCCCGCCGCUCUUCGACUCCCCCGACGGAUUCCACCACAUCUACGCCGGCGCCUCUCCCUACGGUCUCGACGAGUCGGUGAUCAAGACGAUUCCAAUCUCCCUCUACAGCAGCGGCAGCAGCUUCCGUAAAUUGCCCUCCCCUACCGCCGCCGCCGCGUCGUGCAGAGACUGCGCCGUCUGCCUGCUGGAAUUCGAAGACGGAGAUUACGUCCGCAAGCUUCCCGUCUGUUCCCACGCCUUCCACGUCGAUUGCAUCGACAUCUGGCUUAGGUCUCACGCCAACUGCCCGCUCUGCCGCGCCAGGAUUUUCCUCCGGCCUCCGGAAUUCGUGCCGCUCAUGGCGGCGCGAAUUCGGCCCAGCCUCGUCGACGAUACGAAUCUCUUCCUUCUCCGCAAUCACAACAACAACAACGACGAUACAAUUAUUAGUUCUCCAACUACCGUAGCCAGUCGUACGGAGCCGGCGGGAAGAAUGAGAGAAUCUCCACCGCCGCGGCAGCUGUCCGAGAUCACGCCGUGCGCUGAGGAGGAAGGAAUUAGGGAUUGCAAUUUGGAAGACAGAGGCGACGCCGUCGACGGAGGAGGAGGAGGAAGCAGCAGUAGCAACAAUUUCAUCCGGCUGAAGCGGUCCUACUCGUUCGGAUUCGAGCGGUCGGAGAGGAUGCUGGUGACGGAGCCGGCGACGGUGUCGCCGUGGAGAUCGAGCAGGAGAUCAUCGGCGUGGAGCAAGCGGCCGUCCCCGUUCGGAUCGUACCUGUCGAAUUCUUCCAAGCAUAGAUUGUUCUCGUCGUUCAGGUACUACUACAGAUCGGGGAUCAAAUCGCCCUUCUUCCGACGGAGAUCUGGAGGCGGAGGCGGCUUCUUCCCCCUCUCGGAGCGAUUCCCCGCUCACCACCACCACCACGGCGGCGGCGGUUCUUCGAGGCGGAGCAAGUCCAUGACGAGUCCGAUGUUCCUGAGACCGUCGUCGGUGUUCUCGUCGAGCCGGCUGAGGUGUGGGGAUCCGGAGGCCCUAAUUUCUCCGGACAGAUUCAGCCACAGCAUGAGGUGA